UCAUCAGUCAUCAACAGCUCGUCCAAGUCUCCGACAAACGACAACCACACUUCAACCACUUUAAUCGUAUAUUAUAUACAUCACCCACAGCCGCCAUCAUGCAAUUCACAGUGUUGAUCGCCUUCGUGCUCGUAGCCGCCGCCGUCGCCUCCCCAGUCGCCGACAAGCCCGCCGCCGACAAGUCCGAAUCCGUCAAAGACAAACGCGCCAUCUACGCUGUAGCCCCUUCAGUAUACCACGCUCCGGCCGUCUACCACGCCCCGGCCGUCUACCACGCACCGUCCGUGUACCACGCACCGGCCGUCUACCACGCUCCGUCCGUGUACCACGCACCGGCCGUGUACCACGCUCCGGCCGUGUACCACGCUCCGGCCGUGUACCACGCGCCCGCCGCCGCCACUUCUUACUCCAGCGUGAGCAUCUCUCACCCGGCCGUGGUCGCCAGCGCCCCAGUCUACGCCCCAGCCCAUCCGCUGUACUACCACCGUCGCUGAACGGACGACAUGACGAGAUUCUGAAAACAUUUCACGUGCCACAGACAGACCAACCGUCCAACUACACACUGCUGCAGUUGAUGUGCCGGUCGAAAAUUUCACAGUCUUCAAUCAUGCAUAAUAUAAUAUAAUAUACAUACCAAUGUGUGUAUAUAUGUAAUUAAAUUAUUACGGUGUUGAAUUCAUCCGCUCGAUAAUAAAAAUCUAUAUAUUUAUACGUACAA